CGCAUUCUUGCGCCGAUCCGCCGUUUAUUGGAAUAUCCAAGCUAUUUUAAAAGAUCCUAUACAAUGAGUUGCUCGAUUGCAUCCCGAUUUUCAGCGUUGUUAGGUGUAUAUGCGACAAGGACAACUUAUGCAAGGCUUUCCUCGGUUCGAUUUUAUGCGGCAAAGAAAGGAAAAAAGGCAAGGUCAGCUGCUGUUUCAAUUGACCAUGAUAUAGCAGAUGGGUUAGUUGAUUUGGAGAAAUUGAAAUCAAAUAUGGCGAGUACAGUGACAAGACUUCAACUUGAGUUCAGAGACAAAAUAACUGUUGAAAUUAAACCUGAUAUACUUCACCAAGUAAAAGUGGAAUCUGCAAAUGGAAAAGAAAAGUUUGUGCUUGGUGACAUAGCACAAAUCAAACUUAGUAAAAGCAUGUUUGUCGUGGACUUAAGUAGGUCACCAGAGCUUGUACCUCAAGCUGCUGAAGCAAUCAAAACAUGGAAUACAGAUUUUGAGCCCAUCAUGUCUGGUCAUGUGAUAUCUGUAUCCAUUCCAAAAGUCACUCAGGAAUACCGUGAAAACUUGGUCAAAAUGGCAAAGUCAACAAGUGAACAAUACAAACAAAGCAUUCGAAAAAUAAGACAGAAAGGAAUGACUGACAUUAGGAAAAAUAAGAAAGGAAAAUCAGAAGAUGAUGCAAGAAUGGUGGAGAAAAUGAUUCAACAACUUACAGACCAGUUUUGUGGGGACACAGAUUUGCUCUUAGAGGAAAAAACUAAUGAACUUUUAAGAAAGUGACUGUGAAUCAAUAGAAUUUUUUAUGGAAUAAAAUAUCAAA